CGCCGCGCUCGUAGACGUGUGGUUGGGCGAGCCCGCACCGGAAGGCUCCGGCCGCGGAAUCGACCUCCUGCGCACCUUUGAGAAGGCCUCCCCGGAUGGAUUGGGGCCCCCCGGGGGAAGAGAGCAUGACUGUUGAAGGGUUCAGACGCCUGCACAGCCGCUUCUUGGCGGCACUCGGAGACGACGUGUCAACAUCGGGCCUCGGAGACGCCCUGAAUCUCCUCCAGAGGCCGUGGUGGACGAGGAUGUGGACGUUGCAGGAAAGCGUCCUGUGCCGCAACGUAGGGUGCUGGUGCGGCCAGGAUCCACUGCCGAUUUGCUGUUUCUGGGAGUUUGCGUGUUUCAUCUACGGCUCCAUGGACUUCGGCAUCUGGAACGGGCCGGCCAUCGACGCUUUCCCGGUUGCCGUCGUGGGUUCCUGAUCUCCAAGGACACUCGGAAGCCGGGAGCGACAGUUUUGAUUCGUUGUCGAAACCCGUUUGGACCAGAACGAGAAAAUGUUUCGACGCAUCGUCAUCGUCGACGUCGACGACGACGACGGCCGAUCACCCGCAGUUUGAAACCCAAGCCGACGACUCGAUACUCGUCGUGCAAGGGAUAGCGUUCGACAGAGUCAAAG